AUGUCGAAUAAAGCCGUCAUUCCGUUUCUCGUUGGGAUGAUGCUCCUGACAGGUGUCUGUAACACGAUUUUGAACAAAUAUCAGGAUAUGCAAUGUGUUCGAAACUGCGAUUCCCCGGAUCCUAAGAAUCGGAAACUAUUCGAGCAACCUGUUGUCCAGACAGCGCAGAUGUUUGUCGGUGAAAUGGGCUGCUGGCUAGUAAUUUUUAGUUCUUACAUAUACCGCCAAUACAUAUAUCCUCGCACGUCAUGGAGCGCGUCGCCCCUCCUUGCUGGAGGCUACCGGCCCGUUGAUACUGAGGACCGAGAAGAUGAGGAAGAUGAUACUAUUAACGGACCAGAUGCUGCGCGUGGUGGCCGCAAACCAUCUAUUGAUGAUAUACGUAUAAAGCUACGCGGAUGGAAGAUUCUACUUCUAGCUGCGCCGGCGUGCUGUGACAUUGCGGGUACGACGCUUAUGAACGUCGGUCUGCUGUUCGUCGCGGCCAGCAUCUACCAAAUGACACGCGGUGCGCUCGUGCUCUUCGUUGGUCUGUUCAGCGUCCUCUUCCUCCAUCGCAAGUUGCACCUUUACCAGUGGUUUGCAUUAUUCGCAGUUGUCCUUGGUGUUGCUCUGGUUGGACUCGCGGGCGCGCUGUUUAGCGGCGAUCAUCAUGGCGACACGCAUAAUGCUGCGCGCUCUGCAGCUGCCGCUGUCACGCUUCACGCGCGGGCUGUGGCGAAGACCCCUCAGGCAGUACGGGCCAUAAUCGGCGUUCUUCUCAUUGCUGCAGCUCAGGUUUUUACGGCCUCGCAGUUUGUGCUCGAGGAGUGGAUCCUGGAGCAUUAUGCCAUGGAUCCGUUGCAGGUUGUAGGUUGGGAAGGGACAUUUGGAUUUAUCGUUACCAUUAUCGGCAUGAUUAUAUUAUAUUUUACCGUUGGGAGAACCGACGCUGGUCGAUACGGAUACUUUGAUAUCAAGGAGGGCUGGAGGCAGAUUACCAGUAAUCGAGCCAUUACUGUUUCUAGUAUUCUGAUCAUGUUCAGCAUUGGGUAUGCCUCCCUCUUUUUCCUUCGGUUCUUAUUUAACAAUAUGGCUUAUCAAAUACAGAGGCUUCAACUUCUUCGGCCUCUCAGUCACUCGCACCGUCUCUGCAACCUCACGCAGUACUAUCGAUACCUCUCGCACACUCUUCAUCUGGCUUGUCUCCCUUGGCCUUGGUUGGGAGACGUUCAAGUGGCUGCAGGUGGCCGGAUUCGCAUUGCUCGUGUAUGGCACAUUUCUGUUCAACGAUGUCAUCAGACCGCCUUUGAAAUCGUGUCUUCCCUCCGAGCCUGA